AAGACCUAGCUUGGUAUCCGCCCGAGGAGGAGGUGUACGUUGCAGCCGAGGAGAGGCUGGAACCACGGGACAAGAAGCCGUAUAAGCGCGGGAUUACGAAACUCCCCAAGCUAAAAACUUGGGCCUUCCGCGAUGUUGUUCUCGUGCCCGCUGGAAAGAGCAUGUUCAAGUAUGGUGACCCGAGGAGGCUCCCGACACGUGAGUACUCGAACAUCCUUGGAGGCCUAAUUAGGAAGCAUUUCCCUGGGAUUGUCAAUCUCCCUAGUGGUGGCCGCGAUGUGGCUUGGACUUGGAAGCACUACAGCUACGCGGAAGAUCCUAGCGGCAAGUGCGCCAACAUGCAAGAGCGGGUUGUCCGCCACUUCUGGAAAUACUUCACGAGGGCUGAGGGCGAGGAAAUUGCGUGCGACGUUAUCUUACACGAGUUGUGCAGGGUGAGGGUGACUGGCAUGCACUACGAGGCACGUGUCCAGUGCGUCCGAGACUGGCACGCCGAGCGCAAAGUUUGGAUGAGUAAGGCUGAUUGUCGGGAUACGCUCAUGGCACCGUGGCAGUACCUGCAGAACCCUCCUCAGUACGUCGGGGAAGACAAGGCGUGCUUUCUUGCGAUGGUCAUAUGGUGGACAUCCCCCGAGUACGCCCGGAAGCACGAGGAGGGCAAGCAGAAGCGUUUAGAGAUGGGAGGUGGAUCACAUGUCCUGGGCAGCAAGAACUUGGCCCUUACCUUGCAGCAAGAGGAAGUGAAGACAGGCGUGACACCAAACUUAUUUGGCCUUUUCCAAAAGUCCAAGACCAGGAGGGAGCCGCAUCCUGAAACGGGGUCCGUGUGGGUCAACGGGCUAGCGGAGGCCCAGUGUGGCGCGUACCGCUCGAAGUUCAAGGCCAAGCACGGUGAAGACGACGACUGA